CUGCGCCUGCGCCGGAUACUGACACCACCUUGCGGGUGCGACUGCUGCGCAGGCGCCAGGCAUGCAGACCGGAAGCGGAAGGCUAGAACGUGUGGGGUGGGCGCCUCUGUCACCUGUAGCCAUGAGCGGCUUGGAGGAACCAGGGCGUCGCCCCACAGCGACCCCGUGUGGGUGCGUGAAGCCGGCUCUGGAGACAGGGAAUCUUUUAACUGAGCCAAUUGGCUAUUUGGAAUCCUGUUUCUCAGCCAAGAAUGGUACUCCAAGGCAGCCAUCCAUUUGUCGCCAUUCAAGGGCUUGUUUGAGAAUUAGAAAGAGCAUCUUUAAUAAUCCUGAACAUUCCUUGAUGGGUUUAGAAGAGUUUUCUCAUGUUUGGAUUUUGUUUGUUUUUCACAAAAAUGGUCAUUUGAGCUGUAAGGCAAAAGUUCAGCCUCCUAGGCUGAAUGGUGCGAAGACUGGAGUUUUCUCCACAAGGAGCCCACAUCGUCCCAAUGCAAUAGGACUGACCCUGGCCAAACUGGAAAAGGUAGAAGGUGGAGCUAUAUACCUUUCUGGAAUUGACAUGAUUCAUGGCACACCUGUACUGGACAUAAAACCCUACAUUGCUGAUUAUGACUCACCACAAAAUUUGAUUGAGCCUCUAGGGGAAUGUAAUUUACCGAAUAACCAGUAUAAACCAAAAAUGGUGUCCCGGUCUGAUGCCAAGACCGACAGCCGUGCUCAGCAACAGCUCUCUGAGUGCGAGGAACCACAGCCCUGCGGUCGCACUAAGGAGAAGCCUACAUGUCCCGAACACAGAGCUUCAGGAGAAAAUGACAUGCAACACAAAGACACAGCCAAAAUCCAGCAACGCUCGCCUAAGCACAGGGAGACAGCAGACUUGGGUUUAGAAUCCAGAAGUGGUCAGACACUGAGUGUGGCGGAGGAGCAGAUGGGCCCGUGUCACCUGGAGAAGAGCUUUUCAGAGGAGAGUACAGAUAAGCGGCCACGGAGAAGGAAAGAAGCAGUGGUCCCACAAGGAGGCAGUGGGGAGGGGCAGCCCGUGCCUCCUCACUGCCCUCCCCGGACGGCUGACGCAGCCCACCACAGUGUGGUUCCCGCCUGGGUGCGAGAGGCCCCUGUGGCCACCUUGCAGGUCCGGUUUACUCCUCACGCAGAGAUGGACCUUGAGCACCUCAGUUCAGAAGGUGAACCAGAUGUCGGUCGGGCUUCAUUUAAGUAUUUUCAGUCAGCAGAGGAAGCAAGGCAUGCCAUCGAGGCUGUGUUGUCAGCCGACCCCCGGUCUGCGUAUCGACGGAAGCUCUGCCAGGACCGCCUUUUCUACUUUACUGUAGACACAGCACACGUCACUUGCUGGUUUGGUGAUGGCUUUGCAGAGGUCCUGAGGAUCAAGCCGGCUUCUGAGCCUGUUCAGAUGACUGACCCUGUGGAGUCCUUGGUGUCUCUGGGAUCGUAAGUAGCUGCCAUCACAUCAUUAAGACAGCCUACUUGGCUUUGGUUGUGACUAGCCGAUUUUUCGUACAGGCUAAUGAUGUGACUUCUUUUCAGAAAGAAGCAGUACUUUGUGGUCUCACUGCUUUGUUUGAUUUGAGUUGUUCAUAAUAUUUAUUUAAAAAACAUGUCUUUUAAUAAAUUGAGAGAGAAAAUUUAAAGAAAUUGC